CUGUCACACAUUUAAAGAACUGUCAACGGUUUUCCGAAAAAAGGUUAGAGUUAGAAGGUUAUUUUCAAAUUCUUUUAGCAAACGUAUCAUGUAUAUUUCACUAACCUUGUAGCGAACAGCUUCAAAUCAUGUCUAUCAACGUUCAUGUAUCCGGCAACCCUAUUAGUAUCAAAAGAGGAAAAAUGGUAACCUUAGAUCCUAAUUAUGCUAAAAAAGAAUUUGAAAAACGUCGACUGAUUAGAUUACAACAGGUGAGAGAGCAAUCCAAAGAAAUUGCCGAAAAAGUGCGGAACAGAGUUCGCAAAGAGAAGGAGAGACAGAUGAGACAGAUCGAAAAGGAAGGCAAGGAGAAACUCAGAAACUGGCAAAACCGAAAACUGUUAGAAUUGCAAACUCAGUAUGAGAGUACGUUGAAAGAUAUCGGAACCGGACAUCGACAAGCUGAUGAAUUGCAAGACGAAAGUGAGAAUAUAAUUGCACAACGAGAAAUUAAUCAACAAAUUUCAAACCAGCGUGGGAAAGAGGCUGCAACGAAACAGCAGUUAGAGAAAAGUGAGGAUGCUGCUAGGAAAAACGUACCUUUGGAACGUAAAAAACUCGUUAGGGAAAUAGAAAAAACCAGGUCGGCGAUGGUUACCAAAUUUCCAAAACCUAAAAUGAGUAUCGGAGAACCGAAGGUCAAGAAGAAAAAACGCAAAACGUCAGCUGAUAUAAACAUAACUAUACCCGAUUUAGACUCCGACCAGUUCUCAUCUUCAUCGCCAAGUGAAUAUGAUUCUGAAGAGUGCAGAAAAAUUGAAUCUUCCAGUCCAUGUGACUGUACAAAUGAAUCGUGCUCUUCUUAUAAAUCUCCAGUUGUGCCAGUUGAAAAAGAUUCAGCUUUCAUUGGACAUCAGAGAAACCCCCCGAAAAACUGGCAAAUACCUCCUCUGGGGCUGACAACACUCCCCGAAAACGACUUCACGAGUAGUUCCGAUCAAAAGUUGACAGAUCAGGAAAAAGCAUACCAAUCUCGCCACAAAUCUCCCCCGCCAGUAAAGUCAACACCUGUCGAACCUCCUCGCGAUACUAGAAUCUCUGAUAGAAUCAAACGUAGGGAAAUCAUGGCACCACACACUGACUAUUGCAUGAGAAUUGCAGAAACCCACCCAAUACCGUACAUCGAAAGUAACACGAAAAUUCGCGAAGCAAUAGAUUCCAGACUAUUUGGAAGACCUUGUUCCAGGCCGACUGAAAGAAGACCAGACGAAAGACUGGAGGUCGACGAACGAUUGGAUGUUUCUCCAGAUAUCAGGUGUACAUGUGGGGCGAAUCAAAAAACCUGUCACCAUAGGUGCGGGAGAAUACAAGAACAAGACGCUACGGUUGGUUAUAUCAGAAGUUCUGUUACGGAAAACCCCCUAGAGUACAAAGAUACUCCAUCAAAACCGUCUGUCAAGCUGAAGGCUGUGCCCUCGAAGCCUCAAGAGGUUCCAUCAAAACCACCAGACAAUGUUAGGUCUUCAGCUGUUCAAAAUGGUUAUUCGACACAAAUCAAUGAUACUCCAUUAGAUCCUGCUGUUGGUAAUCGACCAAGUAUGGCUAGAAUCCAGGAUAUUCCGUCAAAGCCAUCAGUAAGGAUCAAGUCUACAGCUGGUUCUAAGGGACACUCUUCACAACUAAGCAACAUACCAUCAGAUCCAUCUAUGGUUCAAAUUGACCACCAGUUCAAGGACAUUCCCUCCAAGCCGUCAAUACAACUCAAACCCUCGACUAAUCAAAGCGAUAGUCAAGUCUCUAAGGGCACGGACGAGGUGCAAUUUUACGAUCAUCCAAACCGAUUUUCGCACACGAAAAGGUUGCCUUCAUAUGUGGAAAGAAUCCCUACCGAGAGCGUGGAAGUCAUUCCUGAUGUUGUGUCGGAAAGAGAGUGGUUGGAAAAAAUCAAGCAGAGGGACAGAGAAGCUCAAAUACGAGGAAGGAUAGCGUUGAACAAGGAGAAGGUGCGUAAGGACUACGAGGAAUUGAUGAGGAAGUUACCGCUCUUACAGAAGAAGGAACGUAUCAACGAGAUCUUCAACGACAAACCCGAGUAUCACAUGUCAGAGGAACGCCUCAAAGAGAGAGAAAGGGUGAAACAGAACCAGUUGGAAAACGCUUUCAACAAAAUGUUUCCCGAUCUUAAACCUGCCUUGGUUACUCUUCCCAAAAAAGUGCCUUCGAAAGAAAGUGUUAUUCCUGAAGAAGAGGAAGUGCGUUCCAUAAAUGUUGGCAAAUGGGACGUCGAUUUCGAGGAACCUAAAAUAUUCACCGCUCAGGAAGUCCAGGAGAUUGUUAAGGCUUUUACGGGACACGAGACGAAUUAUCGGCGCAGUAAGUUAAAGGAACUUUUGAGGAGCCUCAAGUUACAGAAAGAGGAACUUCUGCAAGAACUUAGGUCUUUACCGAGGGACGAGAGCCUGGACGAGUUGAUCAACGACUUGAAAUCGUUCAGCGACAGCGACGACAAAGUUGCUCCGACAGUUCGGAAACGAGAAAGAAAGCGCUCCAGAGAUAAGAAAGAUAAGGACACGUCGGCCGAGAGUAGUCAAGAACAGAGCGAGCGGGAACAUGACAGAAAGUAUCGGCAUGCUGAGAGAUCUUCCCGGAAAAAACCCAAGGUGAAGGGUAGCAGGAAAGUGCUCGUACUUCAGAAUAUCAGCACUCAAACUACUCCCAAAGUUGAGAGGAAGCUAGAGGAAGCUGACGCAAAAGUUUCUGGGGAGGUUUGUUCCAAAAUUCACGCCGCUUGCGAUUGCAACAAAGAAAAUGAGAAACAGUCCCAGGAAGAGUUGUGUCAAAUCUUUAUAAGGUUGAAUGAUGACGAGACUCCAGACAUUGUCGUUAAAACUAAAGAAACUCAACCCAAACUGGUUCAGUCCAAGUCUGUUGGUAUCGGAACUGAAGAAUCUCCGCAAGUAUCUAAGAAACCAUCGCCGGUUGGGAGUAGACCAAGCAAGAGUGUACCUCAAUCAAGCGGAACCAAGCCUAAACCAAGAACUUGGAAGGAGCAGCUUAGCAAAAACUCUAUAUCCACUACUAGUACUUCGUAUAUGAGUCCACCUGAUUUGGGGAAAACUAGAGGUUCCCAAAAGUCCUCGUUAUAUAACUUAAGGAAAAAACCACAGCAGAAGGAGUUGUCCGAUGCUUUCAGUACCUUCCAAUCUGGAGGUUCUUCGCAAGAGAGACAUAUAAAUUCGAAACUCUUUGAUCAGAUCCAGCAAUUACUGCGCAUGGCUAGAGGUAGCGUGGAAAACUUGAAUGUGUCUUCCAGUAAUGUUCAAACACCGUCUCAGAGCAUCAUCGAAAUGGAGAGCAACAACCCGAAAGGUAAUAUCAUCGACAUGUUGAAAGACUUCCUCUUGAAAGUUCCUGACGUUGCCGAGGAGCUCAGCUACUCAACAGAUAUCAGCCCAGUUCCCUACAACACCAGCGCAAGUACAACCGAAUCGGAUUUUUUACGAAAAGUGGAUUCCGGUUCCAUGGUCGAUCCAAAGAUAAUGAUUCCAGAAAAAGACGGAACAACUUCCAAGUCCGCGGAGUCUGUCACGGCUCAGUUUGCUGAUAUCACGGACUCUUGCAGCAAAAGAAUACAAACUUUGGCGGACAUGAUACAGAAGCUCCGAGAUGAGAAGAUCCAGAUGCUUCAUGUUCUACCAGAAAGUAUGACUUCCAAACCCGGAAGCCCUGUACUGAGCGAUAAGGACUUUUCUACUGCAUAUAUGGAUUUGCCGGAUUCCAAGGAGAGCAGUAAGAAUUCCGGGAAUAGUGUCGAUGAAGAGGAUUUGUAUAGGAGGCUUGUGGAUAUCGAUCAGAGCUUGGCCAAUAAGUUGAGGCAGUUAGUCGUUGGUGAGAAAACUGCCACCGAUCGGGGAGGUGUUGGCAAAGAAACUAGCGAUUAUGUUACAGGUAAUAAGAAUCACUCUUCCAGUUUAAACACCACCAAUGAGGAACUACUUAUGAGACUCAAACAGUUACAAGAGCCACCAAAGACAAAAACCUCUACAGAUCCUCCCCCCACUUCAACCCCUCCAGAAAUAAAUAACCAACCUUUCGUCCCAUUCCUUCUAGACAUACCGAAACUGCCGAAAUUCGAGAUCCAACCACCACCUACCCAAACAGCCCACAAGCGACCUCCCCCAUCCAAGGGGCUGACAAUCGUCAGGAAAUUUAACGGAAAUAUUUCUCUCACUCCGCACGAGCUGUCCACCAUUGUGGAAGCCGAUAGUCAGCUAUCAACAAAAAUGGGUAGCAACGUUCCUAGUCCAAACGCUUCUAAAACAUCGAUAGACGUGAUCGGUCUGAAGGACAUUGAGCUCAUCGUGAUUCCGGAAAGGAGCGAAUUGCCCAACAGCAGGUCAGAUUCCGAAAGAGAAGUCGAGAAGGUUCCCCAGAUUGCGGUCACUGCUCAGAAGAAGGAGGUUAGGAUGUCGCCUAAGAAAACGCAGCCUUCACCAAAGAGGAGGAACAAAAGCCCAACACACCAAGAACGGUCUACCUCCUCAGAAGCAGUUGACAUCAGCAAAGCCUCUUCCACAAAUACAACAGCUACUCAGUCGAUCAACUACUGUGACGACUCCUCUUGCGCAAAGAAGUCAAUGAAGAAGAGCAGUAGUUCUUCCAGCGACGACAUUGAGAACAUUGAAGCUAUGUUGAAGAGUAUCGGAAUGGAGUGGGCAAUCCCCACUCUGCACAAAACUCAAGAGGCCCUUGCUAUGACUUCCAGCUCGAGUUCUCUGGACUUGACUUCGAAGAAGAGAGGCCUUUCUAACGACAGCAGCGUCAGCGAGGUGAGCCUGAAGGAGUUCAUGAGGAAGCAGAUGAUGAGCAAAGUCUCUUCCAGUACCAUGAAGACCGACGCCAGUCCUGGUAGUUUGUUAGGGGAGUUUUCUGAUAUAUCUGCCAUUCAAGCAGCUAAUUCUAGCACAGAGAAGGAAAAGCAGAGAACUUCCACGCCUCUGAUGACUAGCAAGAGCACGAGUAAGUCUAAAGUGGUGUUUUCAGCUGACUCGGAUCUGUCCUCGGUAAGAGGGGAGUCUUUGGGCCACUCCAAGAAGUAGGUGUUGUUGAGUUAUUUGUUGAAAUGUUAUAUCUUAUUGAUUUGAUUAUCUACAACAUAUAAUGUUGCCUUGAAAAUUUUAUGUCAAGUAAUAUAUAUUUUUUAACUAUA